CCUCGCAUCGAACAGGGGUGAUCAACUGAUAUGGGUGGUUAUGAUUAUUUUUAUUACGUCGCGGAGAGUGUAAUAAAGUUUAAUCAACAAAAAUUGUAAAUUUCCCCGCAAUAAAAACUAUGACAUUAUAGAUUAAUCAAUAAAUUAACUGAAAUGGAUAAGGAUACAUUCAGUAUUGUUGAAUACUACUACGACAGUGUGCCAAGAAAACACUCGUGCGGCUAUUGCAAAAAGUUGAGCAGUUAUGAACGUCACGAAGACAAAACGGAAAUAAUUCUAGGAAUGUGGGCCCACUAUCUCACCGUCGAGGACUACCAGAAUUUGAUUGACAGGGGGUGGAGGAGGAGUGGGUGUUAUUGUUACAAACCUGUCAACAGCGAGACGUGCUGUCCCAUGUACACAAUCAAAUGUGACGCAUUGGACUUUGUGGUUUCAAAAUCUCAGAAAAAAGUUAUCAAGAGAAUGACGAAAUUCUUGAAGGAUGGCGAAAGGAAUAUUGAGGGGAAUGAGGGGGGGAAGAACAAGAAAACUUGUAGGAAUCAAUUACCUGAGAUUUAUGCCGAUGAUCUCCCAGAGGCAGAAUUUGCAGAGUACGCAGCGCGCGCCCAAAAGAACAUUCUCCAGGACGAGCCAAUGGUACUCACCACCAAUUGCGAGAAAACAUUAUCCCAAUGUCCAGAGAACGUCACUGAGUCAAAAAUCAAGAGAGAAUCCCCCGAUGACAGAGACAACGCUCAAGUGCAACCGAUGGUGCACGAAAACCGUUCGCAGAAUGUGAAAAUCCCACCGAGUCAAGGGCCACCCAGGAAGAAGAAGCUGAUGAGAAUCGAGAGGGCUAGAAAUCGGCUGCUGGCGCAGGGUAAGACUCUGGAAGAGAUCGAAGAUUUUUACAGGAGAAAAAAGAAACCCAGUAUGGCGAGACCCAUCGAGGAGCUUUUGCCGAAUUUAGAGGAUGGACAGAAUAAGUUAGAAUUGAAAUUAGUCAGAGCGCCGUCUGAGGAGUUUAUGGAGACUCUUGAUGAGAGUGUCGAACUUUUUAAGAAAUAUCAGAAGGCUGUGCAUCAUGAUAAACCUGAGGAUCGAGAUAAGGAGUCGUUUAUCAAUUUUUUGGGGAAGAGUCCGUUGAUCCACUGGAAAGUUGCUCGUGGUCCACCACUGGGAUACGGCUCCUUCCACCAACAAUAUCGUCUUAAUGGGAAAUUGAUAGCCGUUGGAGUUAUUGAUAUUCUGCCCUACUGUGUCUCCAGCGUUUAUCUUUUUUAUGAUCCUGAAUACUCAUUUCUUUCACUUGGCACUUUCAGCUCUUUAAUCGAAGUCCGACUGGUCCGAGAAUUGCAUGCAUUAGUGCCAGACCUCAAAUACUACUACAUGGGCUACUACAUCCACGAAAUUCCCAAGAUGCGGUACAAAGCUAAAAUAAAGCCAUCUUUUCUACUCUGUCCUGAGACGUACACCUGGCAUCCUAUCGAGAAAUGUACACCAAAAUUGGACAAACAUAAAUACUCGCGUCUUAAUGAAGACAUUGACGCCCUCGACGAAGACGGUGUGAUGAGUGCAGACGACCUCAGACAGGUUCGUGUGUACUAUCGAGGUCAGAGAUUAUACGGUGACAUUCGCAAUACUCGCCUCAUGCGUGACAAAAAAGACGACAUAGAAAAAGUGAAGGAGUACGCUGAACUCGUCGGAAAAAAAUGUGCUCACAACAUGUGUCUCUGUGUCUAAAAUCUUUUACUUUAACCCACGAAGAUUAAAAACAAUACUUCAAUCGAUUUUAUUUCGUGAAUUUCAAUAAAUAAUUUAAUUCAAAUAAAAUUCAUCAAACAUGAA